AUGUCUAUGGUGCAUCAUUUGCCGCCUGGGUGGUUACUGCAUCUUUCUUUCAUGAACAAAGUAAACUAUCAACUUCACCAGCAUCAAGAGCCCUUUUGUAGUAAAAAGCGUGCCACUUCUUCUGUCUACGUGGAUUCUUUUCCGCUGGAUCCCGGGUCUCCUUUUGGAGCUCCUGCUGCCUGCUUUGCUCCUGACUCCACUGCUGUGUCGGGCAGUGAGGAUGGAGGAAGUUGCGCAGUGAUCACCCAAAAAAUUGUUUUCCAAUCUGAGCUAUUUAAUGUCACCAAACCGUACAUAGUUCCAGCUGUUCACAAAGAGCACCAACAAAGUAACAAAAAUGAAAAUCUACUGACGGACGAUAAACCAGAUGUCUCUGUGUCUGUUGGGAAGAAACGUAAAAGAUGUGUUGCUUUUAAUCAAGGUGAAUUGGAUGAUGAGUAUCAUAUAAAGAUUAGAGAGCUGAUUUUGGAUGGCUCUUCACAGUUAAUCCAAGAAGGUCUCAGAAGUGGUUUCUUUUACCCACUUGUUGAAAAACAGGAUGGAAAUAGCAGACACAUCACUUUACCACUUGAUGCCUGCAAUUUGUCAGAGUUAUGUGAGAUGGCAAAACAUUUGCUUUCCUUAAAUGAAGUGGAGCUUUAAACACUACAGUUGAUGGGAGAUGAUAUGUCUGUUAUAGAGCUGGGUUUAUCCUCACAGAUCAUUGAAAACAAUUCCACCUUUUCCAAAAUGAUUACUUUAAUGGGACAAAAAUACCUGCUGCCACCACAAAGCAGCUUUUGCAGUGCAUUAAUUUCUUAUCGUCCCUGUGUGUGUCUAUUUAAGACAUUUGAUGCAAUUGUGAUUGAUCCACCGGGGGAGAACAAAUCGGUUAAAAGAAGGAACAGGGUUUUUUUGUUGUUGUUCAUUUUUUGGUACAGUAGAUUAUCACCACAGCAGAUAAAGCGAAUGCCUGUCCCUAAACUGGCUGCUGCUGACUGCAUUGUUCCUUGGGUGACCAACAGGCAGAAACAUCUGCGUUUUGUGAGGGAGGAACUACAUCCUUCGUGGUCUGUGGAAGUUGUUGUGCAGUGGUACUGGGUAAAAAUCACAAAUUCAGGAGAGUUUGUCUUCCUCCUGGAUUCUCCACACAAAAAGCCUUGUGAAUGUCUUGUACUGGGGAGAGUUAAAGAAAAAACUGCUUUAACAUUAAGGAACACAGAUGUAAGAGUACCCCUGGUUCCAGAUCAAAAGUUGAUUGUCAGUGUGCCCUGUGUUCUUCACUCACACAAACCGCCUCUUACCGAAGUUCUGAGAGACUACAUCAAGCCAGGUGGCCAGUGGUUGGAAUUGUUUGCUCGGAAUUUACAGCCAGGUUGGAUGAGUUGGGGCAAUGAAGUCCUCAAGUUUCAGCACAUGGAUUAUUUUAUUGCUCUGGAGUCUGGACGCUGACUAUAAAAGUUGUGCUGUCUUUACCUCAGCUCCUUCCUU